GGGGCGAAAAGUAUGAAGAUGGGAAAAAACGAAAAGGACUGAAAGUGAAAGGGCUUAACCAAAAGCAAAAUAAUGGGUCCCACAACACGUGGCCUGUGUCAUUUCUUCUUCUUCUCCAUCCAUAUAAAGAAGAAGAAAGAGAUGAGAUGCAAGGUAGUAUAUGCAGCAAGAACAACAACAAGAACCAAAGUAACAAAAACAAUCUCUAAAACCAUAUCAAUGGGACUACAAGGUCAGCUCUCCGACGUGUCAUCAGAUUCGAUCCCACUGAUGCUACUGGCUCUCCUCGCAACUUUCUUCAGACACGUCCGGUCUCUUCUCCUCUUCCCUUCUUCUGCCCCCGUUGUUGUUGUUACUUCAAACCUCAGCGUCCUCGCCGACCAGCUCAACCUAAAUCGCCUCUUCUCGUACCGCUACUCCGACAACGCAGCCUCUGACUGCAUCGUGUGUCUGUCUAAACUCAAGACCGGAGAAGAAGUGAGGAAGCUAGAUUGCAGACACGUCUUCCAUAAGCAGUGUUUGGAAGGCUGGCUUCAACAUCUCAACUUCAAUUGCCCGCUCUGUAGAUCUCCAUUGCUACCUCAUCAUCAUCAGGGACAUGGCAGUGAUGCGUCGAUCUCAGCCUUCCCUCUUCGCUCUACCUCUACUGCAUCAUCUCAUUGAUUUUUAUGUGAAGAAAGAAGAAAGAAGAAAGCAAGAGAGAAGAAGAUGGAGGGAGGAUGCUUUUUUAUUUAUCUUCCUUCUCCUCUUUCCUUUUUAGGAGAAGAUUCUUAUUUCUUACUACAGAAGAUUGAUUCUUCUUAUAUAUCUAUAUAUAUAACCUUCUAUAUUUAGCUAUGUUUUUGAGGAAUCUCAGAUCGGAAGAGAGGUCCUUUUGUUUUUCAGAUUUCCACUCUGUAAAUUCUUAGUAUGAAAAGAAUCAAAUUAAGCUUCAUGUAUUCCUCCUUGGCUGGUAAAUCUUUUUGUAGUAUAUUUGACAAAGCCUACUACUAUUUAAUUUUGCAUUCUAGACAAUCUUGAAGCUUUACACUAUGGACUUUG